AUGUCUUCGACCGCGGCAUCGGAGGCCCCCGAAAAGGCCCCUGACGACUCCUCCAAGCUCAAAACGUUCCUAUCUAUUUUGAAAAAGUUCAUCGGGGUGGCUGAUAUUGCAUCUGUUCGUUUCUCGUUGCCUGCACAUCUUUUGGAGCCCACUCCCAACCUAGAAUACUGGAACUACUUGGAUCGGCCGGAGACCUUUGCAAGUAUUGGUAAAUCGGAUGAUCCGCUGGGUCGGAUGUUGGAAGUGUUGAGGUUUUGGUUCACCAAGGAUCUGAAAUACAUCAAGGGAAAGCCGUGCAAGCCCUAUAAUUCUACCUUGGGCGAGUUCUUCCGGUGCACCUGGGAGGUCGACAACAUCUUACCAGAGGUACCCGUGAAGUCGACUACCGCAAAUGGCAGCUCUUCUGUCACAGACAGCCACGAGGGGAAGGCCAAGAUAUGUUAUCUGACUGAGCAAACGUCACACCACCCUCCAGUGUCCGCCUUCUUCAUUGACUGCCGCGAGACAGGCGUUUCGGCUCGUGGAUUCGAUCAAAUCAGCGCCAAGUUCACCGGCACGAGCAUUCGCGUCACGCCUGGUCAGCACAACCUGGGAAUAUUUGUCAACAUAGAGAAGCGGGAUAAUGAGGAGUAUCAGUUGACGCACCCUGCUGCUCAUCUGGGUGGCUUGAUGCGGGGAGCACUGACCAUCUCUGUCUCCGACACUUGCUACAUCACCUGCGCCAAAACGCGCAUCAAGGUGAUUCUGCAGUACCUGGAAGAAGGAUGGAUUGGUCGGGCGCAGAAUAAGGUGGAGGGAGUCAUUUUCCGGUAUGACCCAGACAAUGACACAACGACGCGUGUCAAAGACGUUCCGGAAGGCGACGUCCUGGCGAAAAUCAGUGGGUCGUGGCAUGGGAAAGUCUUCUACACGGUGCCGGGCACCAACGAGCCCCAGCUCUUGAUCGACAUCACCCCUCUCUUCCCGGCUCCAAAGAAUGUCCCGCCAAGUGAAGAGCAGCUGUCCAAUGAAUCCCGCAAGUUCUGGUCGAACGUCACAGAGGCCAUUCUAGACAAGAGGUACAGCCAGGCGACCAAGCUGAAGCAGGAAAUCGAAGAACGGCAACGCCAAAAGGCUGCUGAGCGGCAGGAAAAGAACGAAACUUGGCAACCUCGGUUUUUCACUGGUGCAGUCACGCCGCUGGGAAAACCAGAGCUCACAGAGGAAGGCUGGAAGGCCCUUGAGGGGCUUCGUCAUGAUAAAUACACUUUGGAGGAGAGCACAAACAAGGGUGCAUAG